AUGCUCAUGCUUGCCCGGUGGCUGCGCCUCGUGCCUCUCGUGGGCCUGCUCCUGCUGACCCUCGUCACUUUCCACUACCUCUACCGCGCCAUCACCGUGGAGGCCCAAUCCGAGCUCCCCGUCGACCUCGAUCCCCUCACUCUCAUCCCCGACACGGCCAUCUCCCAGGCCAUCGCCCACACGCAUCACGAAAUCGCCUCCCUCUCCACCCCCGAUCGUCGAUACUUCCACAUCGACUUUGGCGCCCACCGCGCCAUCAACCCCAGCAUCAUCCCGCACCCCGUCCGUCCAGACACCUGGAUCAUCACCGCCCAGCUUCACGAAAACCGCACCGCCGACCGCGACUCCGUCUGGUUCGCCGAACUCGUCUGCAACGCCGUCUUCCAAGACCAUGGCCGGACCCUCCGCUGCGUCCAACCCCCGUUCAUCCUCCCCAUCGCCGCGACCGACGGGGACAAUGCCUUGUGCGCGGGGGACCUGGCCUUUUUCGCCAUGAGCAUCGGACCGCACGAUGCCCGCGUCUUCUACGGCCCCGAGGCCCCCUACACCAUCUACGGCUCCAACAGCGCCGUGACCUGCUUCGGACAAUGGAUCCUCGACUUUCGCGUCCUGGUCGACUGGCCGGCCCGGGAGGUGGUCAUCGAGCAGGGCUUCCGCCGGGCUACGGAGCUGCAGCGUCCGUUCCUGGCCCCGUACCUCGCCGUCGAAAAGAACUGGUUCGUGUUCUGGGAUCUCGACGGCGCACCUUACGUCCAUUACGACGUGGCGCCCACGCGGGCCUUUGCCGCGCUGGCUGCCGACGGGUCUGUCGGACCGGACCUUGCCCCGGCAGCUGCUGCUGCUGCAGACGAGCAAUGUCUCCAACAAUACCUCCCGACGCUGCAAGACCCGGACCACGAAUCCAUCCACCAAGCGACGAAUUCCCUCGCCGUGACGUUGUGUAAACGGGCAGAUCCCCUCUGCCACCCGACCGACUCCAACACGGUCAUUCUCACCAUCUUCCAACAUAAAAGCUUCGUGGCGUUUCACAGCGUCUACGAACCCUACGUGAUGCUCUUCCGACAACGAGCACCAUUCGAGAUUUACGGCAUUUCCACGAAGCCGGUGUGGAUUCGCGGACGGGGAAUGGAGGUAAUCGAAAGUGAGGACGGGGAUGGUGCGGGGAUGAAUCAGACGGAGAUGAUGUAUAUCACCUCGAUCGGGUGGAAGGAGCACGGAUUGAAGUAUCAUGGGUAUUUGGAUGAUGUGAUGUUUUUGGCGUUUGGGCGGGAGGAUCGGGAUACGGCGGGGGUGGAUGUGUUAGUGGAGGAGUUGAUUGUCUGGGUAGUUAGUAUGCGUAUCAACUCAUCUCCUAGUCAUCUAGCAACCCGCACGCAACCCGCACCGUCAGCGCUAACCACCUACCCAGUACCCAUGCUCAUGUCCGCGGGUCGACACUAG